UGCAUGGCCGGUACAUGUUGACUAAUCUGUAACCGCGUAAUUAAGGAAGAUGGCAGUGCCGAUGUGGAACGACAGUCUAGUUUCGCCACCACCCGUUGCUAGUUGUUCCUACACUUGUUAUGAAAUUGACGAAGUGGAUGUCUACAAUUUAAAGUUAGCACUUCAAGUAAUGCAGACUUCACACUCAGUGGGAUUGGGUCUGUCCAGUGAGCAAUACACCCUCAGCCGGUUAUUGUACAAAGCCAACAAUCAGCAACGUCAUUGGCGAUGGUACCAGAUGCUAAAAAAGAUCCAGAAGAGUUUGAGCAAACUGCAAGCAAACCAUCCCGUCAAAUUCUGGGAAGACGCAGUCGGUUGUUGCCAAAUCAACCGGGAUCAGAGCGGAUUGGGAUCUAUCAUCAUCCAUCUACCAGCUCGUCAAAUGCUUGAGUAUAUCCUAGUCAAGCUAAUGGGUCAAGCAAAGUUGUGUGCGUACAUUCUGAACACAGCCGAGUCAGUGUUCAUCUUUGUAAUUCAGAACAUCAAAUCUGGUCAAUUCCUGGCACACAAUGUGAUCUAUGCAAGCAUUGCAAGCCGAAUAUGGGUCAUGAUGCGGACAAUGUUAAGAGACAUCCUGAUGUGGUAUUCAACUCUCAGACCUUGGAUUGACAAGCUGAAGGCAACAUCCAUGCAGUGGAUAUUAGCUGGACAGGUCCUUCCAGACUGUCUACAAGACUGGCUCCGAGCUGACUAUAAUCCAGACAAAUAUAGCAAAGCAAUAGAGCAAACUUCUAAGACGAAAGGCUCCAGCCUACUGGACAGCAUGUUUGCCUCUACUAGUCUGGCAACGUCAGAACCCAUCAUGACAGAAUCACUAACAGAGAAAGACCUCUACAACACUAAUGUUGCCAUGGCUGCAUCUACAGCGCCCUCUAUGGAUCUAGGAGAGCCCAUUAAAGCUGGAGAGCUGGUGGAGAACAGAAAGAGGAAAUGGUUGGACACAAGUUGCUUGCAAGAGUCAGAUGCUAAGAGGUCACGAUUAGAGGUUGAAACCAGGACUAAGGAGACUGGAGCAUUGGCAAGUUGCUCUUCUAGCAUCCAGCCAAUCACCAAAAUGAAGAAGUCGGAACAGAGGGAGGAGAAACAUUUGGGAAUACCAAAAGGAAAGAAGCAAUCCAAAGGGAUCUUGAAACAGUUGAAACUUAGUCUGAAAAGAAAGGAAAAAGGGACCCUGCAGAAAGGAGAUGCAGAAAAUGAGAACGAGGAAGUGGUUGGUUUGUCUUACAGAGGACCUGAAGAAACCACAAGAAACUGGUCCAAACAACUGAAGAACAAACUACAGAAGAAGCUUAGGAAGUUCAAGCAAAACUCUCCAGCCAGCAACGAAACAUUAUCAGAAAAGAAACUCUCGAUAGAGGCACAAAAUCCAAUAGAUGAAGAGGAUGAAGUUGAUGGAAAGCUUGAUUCAGAUUGGUUGGAAAGUAACCUUGACCAAAAUAAAUUAAAGGGCGUGAGCGAAGUUACUAAGGAAUCCAAGAAGAACAAGAAUAAAGUCAAAAGGGGAUUUCAGAAGACCAGAAAACAAACGAAAAAAUUAAAACACAAGGAAUGGAUACAAGAAACCGAAACUGAACCAAAUUAUUUAAUUGGUUCAUUAGGUGGUCAACAUCCCGAAGACUCUUUCUCUUUAAGGCAUCAGUUUCCUGAUCCCAGUCAAACAGGGACCAACUACAAACUUGAAAAGAAAAUUGACACCAGCAAAUCCAAGAAAUUCCAAAGUGACAAGGGUAGACAACCCAAGAUUUGUGAAGAGUACAGGCAAAUAAAUAAGAAUGGAACUGAAAGGAUUGUGAAAUCCAUAAAAAAGAAAAGGCGUGCAGAGUUUAACAAAUCUGAAGAAACAAAAGGUAUGUACGCACAGCCUGAGAGAAAUGCACCAGGAGCAAUACCAAAGAUGCAUCAAUGGGACUACUUACAGACCAACAAGAAGAUGGCUAACAGUAAAAGAGACAUCAGGACAGAAAGCAGUGUCAGCUUCAAAAGGAUUCUCAGGAAACCAAAGAAACAGAGAUCAGAAUCUUCGUUAGUUUGUGAUCUUAGCAAGAUGACAAAAGGGAAAGGAGCAAGUUGUAACCGCAACCAAGACUCAGAUAUCGACCAAAUAUUUGCAUGGUUAGAAUGAACAUGGAGUCUUGCCCAAAUAAUUUGGUUUUAGUAUGUCACCUUUUGUGCUCACGAAAGGUUUUGUGCCACUCUUUAAAAUAAGUAGGUACUCAUUUGGAAUGGUAACGAUUUCAUUGGAAUUUCACCUUCUGAAAAAUGGACCACAGCUUUGUAAAAGUAUUGACCAAGAUGGUGGAGAAUAAGUUGAUGAAUACAAAUAUUGAAUGCGUCGUCAAGUAAUUGAAAGGCUAAAUGAAGUCCGGUAUGGCAUUGUUUUUAUUGCUUCUAAUGCCUGUAUUUUUUUCAAAAUUACAAAUGUAAAUACAUAUAUUGUUUAAAAAGUGUUGUCGUGAUAAUUUUUUAAUAUACUUGUACCACAAGAAAAACUGGGAAAUUGGAAAUGCAGCUGUUUGCUUUGAGUCAGACCCGUUACGUUAUUUUAACCCGGGGCAUAAAUCCUUGGGGGGGUAUACAUGUACAUCCCCCUUUCUUUGAUGUGGGGGACGGGCUGUUGAAUCACCCACACCCACUUUUUUGUGAUGAGCAAAAAAAUUAAAGCGGAUUGUGAAAGAUUUUCAUGAUUACCCAACUACUGAAAUAUUUGCAAUAAAAAAGGAAAGCAAGUUUUAAAAGCCAUAAA